CGGGUGUCUGACGGAGCUGCAGUCAUGACCAGCGGAGCGUUUGGACUUCUGGCUCUGGUCCUGCUGGUCCUGCUGGUCCCGGUGCUGCCGCAACUCUCUCCAGAAUGUUCCCCCGGGGGCCACCGGACCCUCCAGGACCCCAACCGCAGCGUGACCUUUGACUCCACCCACAUCCAGGACUCGGCCGUCCAGGACCUGAUCUGCGACCAGAGCCUGGAGCCGGGAUGGUACCGCUUCAGGAUCCGGGGCCGCAACGCCCAGAUGCCCACUUCCUGUGUGGAGAUGAACCGCUGCGGCACCCAGGCGCCGCUGUGGCUGUCCCUGAGGGACGCCGCCCUGCCGCCGCCCGGCCAGCGCCGCCGCCUCACCGCCUGCGCCACCUGGAGGUUCCACAGCGGCACUGCGGGGGACUGCUGCCUCUUCAGGAUCCCCGUCACCGUCAGCCACUGCGGAGACUUCCUGGUCUACUACCUGCUGCCCACCCAAGGCUGCAUGGGGUACUGCGCUCAGGAGGUUCCAGAUGUAGGACCCAGGUUCUGCCUGCAGGGGGAGACGGAACUCAACGGCCGUUGUCAAGUGUCCGUCCCGCCGCUGACGUCUCGUCCGACCGUUGCCGCGGAGCCGUCGGGCCAUGGCGGUGGCGUCCGCCUGCGCUGCUCCUUCGCCCCGCCCCCCUGGGGCGGCGGCCAGCCGCUGGGCUUCCACGUCGUUUGGGCAAGGCACGUCGGCCGUGGCACGAAGGCCGAGAUCCGGAGCGAGUCGACGGCGAGGAGCUUCGCCCUGGCCGAGAUGGACGGCGUCCGAUUCCGGCUGGGCGAGACGUAUUCCUGCAGCGUGUCGACGUUCAGCUCCGACUUGAGCCAAGGCAGGUCGGCGCCUAAAGAAAGCGAAAGGUUCUAUGCCGGGCUGACGUUUUCUCCAGACUGGCUGCAGAUCGCCGAGGACGGCGAGGAGCAGGAGGUGACGGUCCGCAGCACGGUGCCCAUCCCCUGCCUGGGAAUCGAACCGGGGAGCCGCUGCGGCGUCCCGCUGGAGCUCAACGUCCAAGACCCGGACGGUGGGGAGCGCGGCGCCCCCGACGUGGUGCUGUCGGCCUGCCGAGUGGAGCUGCCGCCCGAUGCCCUGGAGGCAAAGUUCCUCGUCGCCGCGGUAACCGACUUCAGGCGGGACGGGACCCGGGUCAGUCUGAUCGGAGCGGCGCCGGAGCCCGGGGCCCCCCGGCUCUGGAGGAGCUACACCCCCGCCAAGCUCAAGGUGACGGUGCGGGACGUCCCCACCUCGGUGUGCUACUCUCUGACCGGCCCUCACAUCGUCACGCUGGACGGCAGGCGCUAUGAGAACCGGCAGACGGGAACCUUCGUCCUCUACCGGAGCCUCUCCCGGGACUUCGAGGUUCACGCCCGGCGGUGGGACUGCGGCGGCGGCGGCCGCCCUGGUGGCGGCGGCUGUAACUGCGGCGUGGCGGCGCGGGAAUCGAACCACGUGGCGGUGUUCGACAUGUGCGACGGGCGGCCGCAGGAAACUCGCCCUCGACUCACCAUCAAGACGAUCGGCAGCGGAAUCCGGGUUCUAGAAUCCCACCAGGGGAAGAAGGUCACCCUGAUGUUUGAGUCCGGGGCCUUUGUCCGGGCCGACGUCGCCCCCUGGGGGAUGAGCUUGUCGGUGCGAGCCCCCGGGGCCGACUACGGUAAGACCAGGGGCCUCUGUGGAACCUUCGACCAGAACCCAGACAACGACCUCAUCGGUUCCCAUGGAGACGACGACGUCAUCGGUUCCCAUGGAGACGACCUGUAUGACUUCAUAGAGGAGUGGAGAAUCCCUCCCGGCGAGAGUUUCUUCGACCGUACGCCUCCUGAGGUCGCGCCGGAGGUCAGGCGACCUUUCUGCCGGUGCCCUAAAGGUCGCGGCGAGACGCCGACCCUCGGUGGUGCCCCCUGCUGGUCGCACGACGCUGUGGAUCGCACGUCUGUCUUCCCCUCGGUGGACACGACCGCCGAAUAUUUAGAUGGCGAGGACGAACUGCAAGGCAUUCUGGGUAAUCCUGAGUUCAAGCAGGUCUUUAUGACGGCGAGUUUCGGCGGCGAACCGGAGCGUCUUGCUUAUUUUUUCCCGGAGGAUCACUUAUCGGAGUCGAGGCGGGAAGUCACGCCGCCAAGAUGGCCGACGGCGAGCGGUCCGUCCUCGAGCAAGGCAUCGGAGAUGUGCCGGGCAGCGCUGGGGAACUGGACGGCGGCGUGCGGAGGGUUUUUGGGACGGCGGCUGGACGAGGCGGUGGAGAUGUGCGUCCGGGACCUUCGGGCAGAGGAGGAAUUGAGCAAGGCAGCGGCGGCGUUGAGGACCUAUCUGGAGAACGAGUGCGAGCGCAGGCUGGUGGAGGAAGGGGGGGCGGAGUCAGAGGAGGGGGCGGGGCUAACAGCGGCGGCCAUGACGGCGCUAAGAUGCCCCGAUCUCUGCAACGGGAACGGAGACUGUACCGAGACGGGAUGUCGCUGUCGCCAUGGAUACGGCCUCCACGACUGCAGCAUGGCCGCCAGCGGCCUGCUGGUCUCCGGUGUGCAGGACGGUGGAGUGUGUGACGUUCGGUCCUCAGACUGCAGCGCCGUGACGAUCUACGGCGUCGGCUUCACCGACUCGCCGGACCUGAGCUGUGAUGUCACCCGGCUGAGGCUCCUGAACCAGGUGUGGGUUCCCUCAGAGACCCAGAGGACCAGGGCCAGGUUCCUGAGCUCCUCGGCUCUGGACUGCAGCGUCCCGCCUCUGAGCGCUGGAGACCAGCCGCUCGCUCGCUGGGAGAUCAAGGUGGGCGGCGGUCCCUCCAGCAUUCUGCUCGUCCAUGACGGUUUGUGUCAGAACUGCCAGGAGGCUCCGACUGGACCCUGCAGGCUCAAGGACCAAACAUGCAGCAUCGACGGCUCGUGCUUCUCGGCCGGAGACUCCAAUCCCAGCAGCCCCUGCCUGGUCUGUGACCCAGACUCCGCCCCCUUCUCCUGGUCCCUCAACCCGGUCAACGAGCCGCCGGCGUUCCACCGGCCGCUCGCCGCCCUGCGGACGUUCGCCGGGGAGCAUUUCGUUUUCCAGCUGGCGGCGUCGGACCCCGAGGGCUCGGCGCUGCUGUUCCAGCUGGAGGAGGGGCCCCCGGGGGCCGCCCUGUCCCCGGCGGGGCUCCUCAUCUGGAGGGUCCCCACUGAGGAGGAGGAGGAGGAGGAGGAGGAUGAAGGGCGGCAGCGGCGGUUCAGCAUCACGCUGUCGGACGAGUGCGACGCUCAGAGCAGCUUCACGGUGGAGAUCUCCGUGUCGCCGUGCGGCUGCCUGAACGGAGGAACCUGCGUGACGGAUGUCAGCUUCCCCGCCGGCAGCGGGAAGUACCUGUGUGUGUGCCCCGAGGGGAGGCGGGGCCAGCUCUGCGGCGAGGGCGACGGCGAGUGGGCGGACUCGUGUCUGUCGGCGCCGUGCGCAGCGGGGGAGUGCGUCGCCACGGCCACCGGCUCAUACAGGUGCGACUGUCCGGCAGGCCUGAAAGGUCCGACCUGUGAGGACGACGAGGACGAGUGCGACUCAAUGCCUUGCUUCCCGGGAGUCGUCUGCUCCAACAGCCACGGCUCCUACAGCUGUGGCCCCUGCCCCAAAGGCAUGCUGGGUAACGGGACGUCCUGUACAGGUGCUGCCAGUUUCUGGACCACAUCUGCUCCUCGGCGCUCCUUAUACCAGGAUCCAGAUGUUCAGACACCGACUUCACAGAGCAAGACGCCGGGAAUCGAACCGGAGACCCCACAGGUGAACGGCACUGCGGCAGCGAAGACUGAGACGUUUGGAGGCGAAUCGGAAUCUACCGGAAACAUCAAACAUUCAGGAAACAGCAGAGAGACUCCAGGUUCCCCGUCCUCCAACAUGGCGGCGGUGGCGUCGUGCUCCAGCCGGCCCUGCUUCCCCGGCGUCCAGUGCAUCGACCGGAGGCCGCCGCACGUCGGCUACGUGUGCCGAGGCUGUCCGCCGGGACUGGAGGGCAACGGGAGGGUGUGUGUCAAGAGACACCGCCAAGCGUCCAAUCAGCUCCCUCAGCAGCAGACGCUCAGCAAGUCCAGCCGAACGCCGCCGGGGAGCAGAAUCUCCCUGCUGCACCUCCCGGAGUAUCCCAGAAUGCAUAGCAGCGUCAGACGCCCCUCCCCCGCCACGGUCAGGGCGUUGCGGGCGAACGCCCCACUGCGGCAAGCCGCCGCCCCGGGGAGGGCGGGCGGGACGGGCAGGAGGGAGGCGGUCACAGCGCCGUGGCCCCGGCUGACGACCCGUGACCUCCCGACCCCUCCCCGGCUCGCCGCCGUCCCGCCCGCCGCUCUGUCCGUCUCCCCGCACGAGUCGGAAUUCUCCGCCGACGGCGACGAGGAUGAAACGCCGUGGACGGUCCCGGCGGUGACGCUCACGCCCACGAGCAAGAUCCAGAUCCAGAUCGUUACGAUGGCGGGUAGCGAGCGGCGGGGGACCUGCGCCGAGCGGCCAUGUUUCCCUGGAGUCCUUUGCGAACCGGAGCCGGAGGCGGGGUUUCGCUGUGGGAGGUGUCCAAUGGGAUACGUCGGAGAUGGACAGACCUGCAGAGCCGUCUGCAGGCUCCCCUGUGGCAGGAACAUGCAGUGUGCCGCGCCGAACACCUGCCGCUGCAAGCCGGGAUACAGCGGAGACAACUGCCAGACAGCGCUGUGCGCCCCGCCGUGCCUCAACGGGGGAGUGUGUGUCUCCCCCGGAGUGUGUCAGUGUCCCUCGGGAUUCCACGGAGAGAUGUGCGAGGAAGCGCUGUGCCGCCCGCCGUGCCAGAACGGCGGCGGCUGCGUGGGACCGAACACCUGCUCCUGCCCCUACGGGUUUGUGGGUCCUCGCUGUGAAACCAUGGUGUGCAGUCGUCACUGCCACAAUGGAGGACGGUGUGCGUCUCCGGACGAGUGUGUGUGUGCGCCAGGCUGGACGGGGCCAUCCUGCGAGACAGCUCUCUGCACUCCCGUCUGUCUCAACGGAGGUGUGUGCGUCCGGCCAGAUUCCUGCCAGUGUCCUCAGGGCUUCUACGGCGCCCGCUGCCAGAAUGCCAUCUGCUCUCCUCCCUGUAAGAACGGCGGCGUCUGCAGGAGGAACAACGUCUGCUGCUGUCUGAAGGGAUACACUGGGGGGCGCUGUGAGCACAGUGUGUGUGAGUCGUCCUGUAUGAACGGCGGCCGCUGUGUGGGUCCAGACGUGUGCGACUGUCCGUCCGGCUGGCGGGGGACCAGAUGCCACCAGCCGAGCUGUCUGCAGAGGUGCCUGAACGGAGGGGAGUGCGUCGGUCCGAACACCUGCCACUGCCGCGCUGGGUGGCAAGGCACGCUCUGCCAGACCCCUGUGUGUGACCAGCAGUGUCCGUACGGCGGCCGCUGCGUCCGGCCGAACGUCUGCUCCUGCCGGGGCGGCCCGUCGGCGCCGCUCUGCUCCAGACCGCUCCCUGUCACUGGAGGCUGACGGCAGCAUCUGGGAACAUCUGGAGGAGGAGGAGGAGGAGGAAGAGCGGCACUUCACAUCUGCAACAUUUUACCC